UAAUAAAGUUGAACUAUAAUUACCAGCAAAUACCAUAAUCGGCUUACGUUUGUUUCCGACUUUACCUAGAAGGCAGGAAUUACAAUUGUUUGCAAAUAAACAUCUGCGUUAUCAGUAAGCGGCUUAUGUUAGGGGUCGUAAAUAUUUCUAUAGUGAGCGUAGUAAUCCGAAACACAUGUGCACGAAGGUGUCGCGUCUGCGUGCGGCGGCUGGUAGUAACGGUUCUGUGGCGGAGGCGCGGUGCGUGACUCAUCUCUCGUUCAUUGAGCGGUGGUCCAUUGAGCCGCGCUUGCGCUCAUUACCGCUCCGCCGGCCGGCCCUGCGCACACGCAAACAGCGCGCCGCUCGCGGACCGUCUACACCGACGCACUGCCUACGACAUGUUGGCUCCCAUCUCUAGAUACAACAUGGAGAAUUUAUCGAAAUCUCAUAUUUGGCUGGCGGCUGCAGCGCUCCUGGCCACCUGUGGGGUGUGCGCCAGCGCCGGUGUGGGCAACAGGAAGCCCUUUACCCCGACCGACUCCAUCCUGGACAUCAUCGACACCGAACAAGUGCAGAGGUUCCUGGCUGAGAGGCAGAGAGCGGAACAGGCCACUGCUUCGGCCUCCACCUCUUUUGUGCAGAGAAACGAACUCGGAGAUGGCAGCUCUGAGACUGGUAUGGUGGUCUCCAUGCCGGAGCAAGAAGAGAACACGGAGCUGCCUCCCGGUGUCGAAUUCAGGAAAAUAUUGAAAUCAUCGAAGAAUGCCUUGGUUGUCACGAAGAAGGAUUAUUUAAAAGAAGAUUGGUGUAAAACUGAGCCUUUGGUUCAGAAAAUCCGAGAACCUGGUUGUCUGCCCACCACAGUGAUAAACAAAUUUUGCUACGGACAGUGCAACUCGUUUUACAUACCGAAGGGCCCGCGGCGUCGCGACAACAACCCCGACCGGCCGCAGCCUGCCUUCAAGUCGUGCUCGUUUUGUAGGCCUAAGAAGUUUACAUGGGUGACAGUGACGCUGCGUUGUCCCGGCCAGAACCCGCCGUUCAAACGCAAGCGGUUGCAGAAGGUUAAACAGUGCAAGUGUUUACCGGUCGGAGUGAAUUGACGCUGAGAGUGUGACGGAGCCUGCAGUACCAGACGCGGUGCGACCGCCGAGGCUUGCGAGCGACAGGCCGGGCCCGGGCACCACCAGGGCAUGCCGGACCUACACCCCGAGAGCGCUGACGACCAGGGAUGUUCAACAUCGUUACCGUUGAUUGUUUGCGAUCACGUUCCAGUGUUAUAGACUGUGUAUGAACUGGUCAAAUAAAUUGAGACGCCGUGCUCUCAUACGUCAAUGCGAAUGACGUAAUGUGAUGCAUAGAUUAGAUGCCUAUUUAGAGUUACAUUGUAAUAGAGCGGCUUCGACUGCAAGUCGUCGAGCAAAAGCUUUAAUUGUUCGUAGCGAAACUAAUUAGCUAGUGUUAGAGAAUAGCGGUGGCCUUCCAAUCGAUUUAGGAUUUUGUUUUGGUACAAAACUUGUGAAAGAUGGCCGUUUAUCGAAAAGUGAUUAUUCUGAGAGUUUAAGUUGCGUUCUUAUGUCUACAGAAUAAUGUGUGAUACUAGUUUAUAGUUUGACAGUUAAUUGUGUUUCUUAACGCGUAUCGGUGAGUCACACGAACUAUGAAACGAGAUAAAGAUGUAGCGACUUAAUUCACGUCUCGUCCUCCAGUGUUUUUAUUUAUUCUAUCGUAAUAAAGAUAUUGUAGCUAAAACAGAAUACGCUUAUAAGUAAGUUAAUGUUGAUCGUGGUUUCAUCUUGUUAUCUCGCUAUAAAAUAUGAGUAGGUAGUGGUAUACGAUAUGUAUUUAAAUAUAUUUCAUCGCAGUAUAAAGUAACGUUAGGUUUUAUGAUAAUUCGAAACAAAAUUAUGAUCUCUGUUUGUUCUCAAGACGUAUGCAUUUGUUUUUAUGUAUUACUGUUAACAUAAUAUAUCCAUUUACAUGAUCUGACAUAGGGAGUAGUGUGCAGGUUAUCGAAAAUGUACUUAUUAAAUUGUCCUAGUUCUUGUUAAAUGUAAAACUGUAAAAUUAGGCAAGUAUUUAAAGCUAAACAUGUCACGUACUUAUUGUAGAUUAGUUCGUUGAAAUCACGAUAGAUAGAGAUGUUAAAUGUAGGAUUGUAUUGUUCGAAGUAGUUGUUAAUAUUGUAGGUUGUAUACAUUCUUGCCAUUGCAUUUUGUUGCUCGAUAGAUACUUCGAAAUUACUCGAUUCGAAAGGCACGAGACACUCAGACAAACUCAGACUAAUCUUCCCUUUAAGUAAUAUUGGGACAAUUGUUAACGUCAAUUGAAACGGCGAAAUGUAUGGAAAUGACAUUUAAUUUCGUUUAAUCACGUGACUUAGAACUGUCAUCUCAAUCACACUUGAGCUUUUUCUAGGUUAACGAUUGUUAAAAUUUCACUUAUAUAGAGGCCUUGAACGAUAAUAAUUAUGUGUUAUCAACUGUCUAAAAAGUAAAUCUUGCUGAUAAGGGUCUCGUGUAUUUUUUAUUAGUGUGAUUUCAAUGUAUCCAAUAUUCUAUGAAUAGAAAAUACUAUAAGUCAAUAGGUCAUGAAUACACGAGUCUAUUGCUAAUUGCAAUUACCUGCCAUCGCCUGUAUGUCAAAUUAAUUGCAAUAGUCUCAAACUGUUGAUUUGAUUGCAAGUAGGAAUAGUGUCAAUACGGUACCACGAUUAGUCACAAGUACAAUUAUAAACUUGCAGUUUUACGUGAGUUUGAAUUUCACGUACUAAUUUGUUUUGACGGUGAAAUGUUCGUUUUUUUUUAAUUUACAUUUCUGUUUCUAUUGAUUUGAUAUUCACGAUUUUAGGGGUUCCUGAGAUGAUCAAACAUGUUUGUCUCAAAUAGUUUUGGUUAAAGAACUAAGUUAAUUGUCCAACAAUUGUGUGCUUGAACUACGUUUGCCUUUUUUUUUAAUUAAAUUUGUAGUAAUACUCAUUUGGCCCUGGGCUGCGCAAUACUUUUUAAAAUAUUCAAAUUAUUUCAACAAAAAAAAAACGUUUGAGUUAAUCACGUUUGGUCGUCUCGAAGCCCCAUCUUUCAUUCCACAAUAAUUUAUUGUAUUAAAAUAAGCAGUCUGAUGUCAAAACAUUGUAUUAAUUCAGUCAGGGUUUUAUCAGAUUUAUAGUCAUUGAAGAUCUAAUUUAAUUAUUCUGUAUCUAACUUUGAUUUACAAAGCCUAUCAAAGUGUAUUAACUUAAAUUAUUUUAUUUUAAUUUCAUUGUUAUAUUAAUCAUUCAAUACUCGACUUGAAGUCACAGCCUGUGUUUUGAAUUAAAACCUGUUUUUAAUUUGAAAAAGUACAUGUAACAAUUAGCAAUUAGUUAUCAAAAUAGUACAAACCAUUGUCGACCCUAUCACAAGAGUGUUAGAGGCUAUAAUUGCUACAAUCGUCACCUAAUUGCCAUGUAAACACGUUGUAUUAUCUUAAACGGUUGUUAAUCUAUAAAAAGGUCGACUUUAUUUUAUGUAAUAGUAUUACGGCGUUGUCGUCAAACAAAAGUAUUGUUCAACACAUUUUUUUCAGAAAUAAACAAUAAUUCGUUU